AUGUCAGAUGGAGGCCGUCGCUCCCGACGAGCCCGGGCCAAGGUGGUCAAUUACGCCCUCGAACAAGAAUUCAGUGAUGCGGAAGACGUCUUUGAAGACUCGGACAAGGAGGAGCCAGUGAUUGCUGCUCCCACUCCCAAACGGGGACGUCCGCGGAAAUCCAAAGGAGCUGCCGAGGGGGUCGUCUUGGUACAACAAGGAACGGACGAACAAGGAGCCUACGUUCCUCCCAAGACAAUGUAUACGGAAAAGGGAUACGAUCCGUCAUUGCCGCCAAUACGAGAGCGAUUUCCAUUUCUUCCGGAAUACGAAGAAGAUGGGUCUCCCCGGAUUGAACUCAUUGUGGGAAGACGACCCGUAGAUGGCAAUGAUGGAAAGGAAACCAAGGACGACGAUGAUGAUGAAGAAAACGAGGAAAAGGCUGACACGGAAGAAGACGAUGAUGAAGACGAGGAAGACUCGGAUGCCGGUCGAGGCAGAAGACGAGGUCGGCGAAGGGGUCGCUCGACCACCAAAAAGGAAAAGGAAACCAAAAAGAAAAACAAGAAAGAAUCGUCACCAAAGGAGAAGGAGUCCACCAUUGAAUACGAAUAUCUGGUCAAGUACAAGAAUCGCUCCUACCUUCACCUCGAAUACAAGACGGGUGCUGAUUUAGAAUCCAUGAACAAGUCAGCCAAGGGAUUGUACCGUCGCUAUCUACGCAAGUUGGCUUCCGGAAAUCACGACGAAGACUUUGAAGACCCAAACUUUGAUCCGUCCUAUGCCGAGCCCCAAAAGAUUCUGGCAGAAACGGAACAAGAAUUGACGCUGGAUCUUACCGAUAAGGAACUCAUGAAGUGGGAAGAAAAACGAGAAAAAGAAAUUGCCGAGGAAUCCUCCAGCGAAGACGAAUCGGAAGAUGAGGACAAAGAUAAAGAUAAGGAUGAGAAAGAAGGCGAUGAGGAUAAAGAAGACAAAGACAAGGACAAGGAGGGAUCCAAAGAAGGAGAAAAGAAAACAGAAGAACAUGAAGAAGAAGAAGUUGAAGAUUGGGAUGAAAAUGAAGAUGUCGACUUUAGUCAACUCACAGUAGAUAAACUUCGAAAAAUUGUCAACAAGGAUGGACCCUAUUACCCCAAAAUCGAAGGAUGUGAUAAUCCUUACCGAGACGGAUACAUUACAGAGCCACCGAAAAAGCCUCGAGCUUCAUAUCUCUUUUUCCAAUGUACCAUGCGAUCAUACUUUGCCAAGCGCAACCCCAAGGCUACUCAAGGAGAACUCAUGACCAUUGUGGGGGAACAAUGGAAUUCCAUGAAUGAAGAAGAACAGGCUCCCUUUAUUCAACUGGCCAAAGAAGAAGUCAAGGAAUAUGAAAAGGAACGGGCUCUCAUGGAACGCGCCCAACGACCCAACGAAAUGUGGCAACCCAUUCGGCGGUGCCUGAUGGUGUUGGAAACCUUGGCAAAAGAUGAGUUUUCGGACAUUUUUUUGGAGCCUGUGGAUUUGGAAGAGUUUCCAGACUAUGAAGAACUGAUUGAUCAACCUAUGGAUCUAGGAACCAUUCGAACCAGGCUCAAAAAUAAAAAGUAUCAAGCACCCGAGCAAUUUGCCCGUGAUAUGCGAAAGGUUUGGAACAACUGCAAGAUUUACAAUCGCCACGGAUCCGCAAUUUGGCACGUCGGAGACUACAUGUCCAAACAGUUUGAACGGAUCUACCAUGAGUGGGUUCUAGGCUUUCGGGAACGCUAUUUGCGAUGGGCAGAUCCACGUGCUCGUCCGUGGGAAGGCAAACACGAGAUUACCGAUGCCGAAGCUGCCGCACGAAAGAGAGCCGAACUAGGUGAUACUCCCAAAAAGACCGUCAAGCAAACAAUGUACCUGGUCAAAUGGGUUGGACUAGGAUACGAGUACUGCACUUGGGAGACGAAGGACGAUAUUGGAAGACCAGAUCUUAUUGCAGAGUACAAGAAACUCAACAACGCAUCGACAGACGAGCCAGACAUGCCCGUGGCGGUGGUGCAAAAAGUACUUGACGAUGCUGAGCACGUUAGCAGGGAAAAUGCGGGAGGAAAUCACUGUAUUCCGGAAAUGAGAGCACAGCUCUACGCACAAACUAGAGCCUUUCAGUUUUGCAAGUUCGCAAUGGAUUUGCCAGAGAAACUGACUCCAGAGUGUGGACCAAAGACACAAGCGAGUCACAACUCGGCCAAGUAUCCUCCUGAAGUAGCUGAGUGCUUGCAUUCAUUGACGUACAAAGUUUCACAAUCGAGUGCAUAUUCGAAUCUUGUCGAAUACCAGAAGAAGAUGCCACCUCUCCUGGCUGGGGAGUACGACACGAUUAUUCCAGUAACUGCAAAGGGUCUAAUGAUGAAUGUUGGUGAAGUGAACGGCUCGGUUGCCUUUCUUGGUUAUCGCCAAUUUCCUGAUGGAAGCAAGGGUCCUGCUGAAAUCAAAACCUUGAUUCGUGGUGCCGGUGAUCGGAUCAUUGCCGUUGACGGUGUCAGCACUAUCAACAAGACCUUCCAAGAAGUCAUUGGAUUCCUUCGAGAAAGUGGCAAAAACAAGUUUGCCUUUAUGCGAUUCCUUGAAGCCAAGCUCACCAAUGGGGACAGUAACUUGACUAGUUUUGGCAGACUUGGACGCUACGCAACCGAAGAGCUUAAAGACAAGUUCGCGCUGGAUCGAAAGGUAAUUCUUGCCAGUCGAAUGCAAGAAAAGGAGGAAGAAAAAGAGACCGAAGAAGUAGCCAACGACGCCGAUGGGGAAGGGGGGUCCGAUGAUGGUUCAGAAGCUAGCGAAGGUUCCUUCCAACCGGAUAGUGAUGAAGAGAAGGAAGAGGAGGAAGACGAAAAUAUGGUUCUGGAAAAGAAUGCUACUGUAGAUGAAAACAUGAGAGAUGUAGAAACGAACGUAAAGGCAGAUGAACAACCCGAGCCAAAAUCACAAACGCCGCAGAAGGAUGAUAAAAAAUCGGAAGCCAAACCCCAGGAGGAUCUUCCACGGCACAGAGCCGAAACGACUCAUUCUCUUGCCUAUCGAUUGCUUGACUUGGACGUAGGAUACAGCAGCGAUGAGGGAGGCGAUGAGGACUGUGCCUUCUACUUGGAUGGUGUUGACACAACCUUUACAGCUAAAACUGAUAUACCACCUGAACUAAUUGAGGCAACCGAGAAAGCCAAGCCCAAGGGGGUGAAGGAUGAUUCAAAGACUCUGCCGGUCAAGAAGAACGAGUUCAGCACUCUUGGCGAUCGAGGCAAGUUGAUUGCAGCAGUCAAUCUCACUUCAGAAGCACCCGACCCAGAAGACUUCGACAGAUUCCCGAACAUUUCCACGAAGCGUGAGGAGCUGGCGAGGGCGAAAGCAGCAGGUCCUGCAGUCAGUGCAAUGGACGUGGACGCAGAACAAAAAGUAGUGAAAAGGUCUACAGUGAAGAUUGAGCAAAUUAACGUCGACACAAACGAAGUUAUCAAUGUUUGGGCAAAUGCAGAAGCAGCCGCUGCGACACUACAAAUUCCUCUUAACGAGCUGAGACAGGUGCUUCGUGGGGAGUACGACGAAGACUUGGAAGAGGAGAUUGGUGGAUUCCGAUGGCAGUAUGCUCUUGCUGGUGCCACCGUCACUGCAGGGAAAGCUGAGUCCAAGGGAAAAGGAAGCAAGAAAGGAAAAGAAGCUUGGCUUCAAUUCCGAGACAGACUGUACGAUCCCAACGAACCGCACCUGUACAAGAACGAGAACAAACUUCGAGACUAUCAAGUCGAGGGUGUGAAUUGGUUGGCUAGUACAUACUACAAAAAGCAUGGUUGCAUUCUAGCUGACGAAAUGGGACUGGGCAAGACCGUGCAAAUUGUAUGUUAUCUAGAGCACUUGUAUCGAGUGGAGAAAAUUCGACGACCCCAUCUCGUGGUUGUCCCUCUCUCCACUGUGGAACAUUGGCGACGGGAGUUCGAAGGCUGGACAAAUAUGGUGUGCUGUGUCUACCAUGAUCGUCAGCGUGUGUGGCGCGAUGUUCUUCGGGAAUACGAAUGGUACUUUGAAGACCGACCGCACAAUUCUGACUAUCUGAAAUUUGAUGUUCUUGUCACAACAUACGAUACACUCAUCGGUGACUUUGACGUCAUCAGUCAAAUUCCAUUUAGAACCGCUGUUGUGGAUGAGGCGCAUCGUCUUCGGAAUCAGAAGGGGAAACUGCUCGAAUGCAUGAAAGAAAUCAGUGCAAGGGGAACAAUGCAAUAUGGAUUCCAGAGCCGUGUAUUGAUGUCUGGUACUCCUCUGCAGAAUGAUUUAACUGAAUUGUGGACACUUCUAAACUUCAUUGAGCCGUUCAAGUUCCCGGAUCUCGACGACUUCCAAGCCCUAUAUGGAAAUAUGGCAAGCAAGGAACAGGUCGAAGGUCUUCAGGGCAAAAUAUCGCCAUUCAUGCUUCGCCGUGUGAAAGAGGAUGUUGCCAAGGAUAUCCCAGCUAAAGAAGAGACCGUGAUUGAUGUGGAGCUAACCAGUAUUCAAAAACAAUACUACCGUGCGAUCUUUGAGCAUAACCACGCUUUCUUGAACAUGGGAUCCAGUCGAUCUAAUGCUCCAAAACUGAUGAAUAUUCAAAUGGAGUUGAGAAAGGUGUGCAACCACCCAUGUUUGCUCGAAGGAGUUGAACACCGUGAGCAGGACCGCCAGUUUAAGGAAUACCAAGAAGAAGGGAAGUUCGAAGGGAAAGCUCCUGAAGACAUGCAGCACAUGUUGAACGAACAUCUCUAUGUAAUGACGAGUGGUAAAAUGGUCUUGUUGGACAAGCUACUUCCAAAACUUCGAGCAGAAGGUCACAAGAUCCUAAUCUUCAGCCAAAUGGUUCGUAUGCUCGACCUCAUAUCCGAGUACUGUGAAUUCCGCAAGUUUCCUUACGAGAGACUGGAUGGUCGAGUUCGAGGAACGGAGCGUCAGAAAUCUAUAGAUCGCUUUGAGAGGGAUUCCAACAGUUUCCUUUUCUUACUCUCAACUCGAGCUGGUGGUGUCGGAAUCAACCUUACUGCAGCAGAUGUGUGCAUUAUUUUCGACAGUGAUUGGAAUCCUCAAAACGAUGUACAGGCCCAAGCUAGAUGCCAUCGAAUUGGUCAAACAAAGGAUGUCCGAAUUUACCGUCUAGUCACAAGUCGAACUUUCGAACAAGAAAUGUUCGACAGGGCUAGCAAAAAGUUGGGGUUGGAGCAAGCGGUUUUGGGAACCUUUGAUCAGCAAGAUGAUAGUGACAAACCAACUAGCAAAGAAAUGGAGCAACUCCUCAAGAAAGGCGCUUAUGCUCUCUUGGAGGAUGAGAACGAUGAAAUUGGCAAAGAAUUCUGCGCAGAUGAUAUCGACAACAUUCUGGCUAAGCGAACACGUACUCGUGUUGUCGAAGGUACCAAAACUGCAUCCUGGUUGAACAAAUCAGGGAUGGUUGUGAGCAAAUCCAAAUUUUCAUCGGACAGCAAGACUGCGGGUCUAGAUAUGGAUGAUCCCUUGUUCUGGCAAAAGGUAAUGCCCGACUUCGUGACGCCAUCAAUCAUGAUCCAGAAGCUGGAGGACUUAUCCGAUGAAAUCUUCGGCACCACCGGCAAGAAGAAAGGAAAAGGUCGGGGCCGAGGUAGAUGGAAGAGGAAGAAGGCUGGAGAAGAAGAAAAGGAGCAGGACGAAAACGAAAAAGCUAUCGAGGUGGAGGAUGACGGAGAUGAGAAGAAAGAUACUACUGAGACAGAGAGCAAGACAGCAAGUGAUGCCGAGGACGAAGAGGAGAAGGAGGAGAAGACUGAACUUACCAGAACUGAUUUGAAGAAAGUCUCUAAGUUCAUUUCUGAUUUGAAGAGUAUGAUGGAAGGUAUCUUCGACGAGGUAGAGGACGGCUCUUUACCAUCAGAAGAGAAAGCCGUUGCUUCGAAACUAUUGUUGACUAUAUCCGUAAAAGAGAAGCUUUUUAGCGAGGAGCAGCGGCACAUCGCACGAUCGAUGUUGAAACGGCUCGAGGGAGAUCGCCGCCGUCGCUGCCGAACAUCCGACGCCGCUGAUCGGGGACAUACUCCAUCGUCUCGGAAUAGAGGUGGUGACAUUGAAAUUCGUGAAGAGCUGAGAAUCGUUAAGAAGAGAAAGAAGCGCCGAAAGAAAGGGGAAGAUCCAAAUAUUGGAGACGACGGAUACAAGGUGCAUUCCGACGACGAAGAAGACUGGUCGGAUGUUGGGGAAGAUCUUUACGACAGCUCCGGGACGAAAAGGAAUACAAUUAGUCGCAAGGAGGCAAACCGAAGACGUCAAUGGGCUUCAGAUACGGAUGAAGCGACGGCUGCUGGCCGCCCAUGGCCCGUCUUUCCACGUACUAUGGUUUCGAAAGUACUUGAAAGUCUUUUGGAAAUUGUCAUGAAAAUUGACGAGGACAGCGGUGGCGUAUUUUCGGUUCCGGUUCCCGAAGAUGACUUUCCAGAGUACUAUGAACAAAUAAAGCAACCCAUGGAUUACGGUACAAUGAAGAAGAAGCUGGAUAAUGGAGAGUAUCGAUCUGCCCAAGCGAUGCAAAAGGAUUUCAUUCUGGUCAUGCAGAAUUGUCUCAAAUUUAAUGCCAAUGAUUCGGACAUUGUGAAGGAAGCAAGGGAGCAGGCUCUCAUGAGACCAAAAUUGCUGAGAGAAGCUGCUACGAAGCAUGACUUGUUCCUGGCCGAAGAUGGUUCUGUCUUUGAGAUUCUUGAUGAUGAGAAGAAGAAGGGAACUUCGGGGAAUUCGGGAACUCCAAAGAAACGGCGUAGACGUAGGAAGAGGGGCCCUGAUGGUGAAUUGAUGCCUCUUAGUGAUGAGGACUCGGACGUGAAACCAAAGAAAAAACGGAAAUCCAAGAAAUCCCUGGGCAUGGCUGAUGAUGCUGAUUCCGGCGACGACCAUGGUGAUAUGCCACUGUCUUCAAUGAAGAGCAGAAAGAAAAAGACUCGCAUCAAGAUUUCUGUUCCAGCAGGCGACGGUGAAGAGACUGAGCCCAAAAGCAAGAAGCGGCAGAGGGAGGACGAUGAAGAUGAUGAGUUUGUCGACGAUGAUGUGGAGGACGACAAUGAUGAUGAUGUGGAGGAUCUGCCAAUGCCAAAGAAACGUGGUCGAAAGUCCAAGGGUGGCAAUGAAAACUCGACCAAACGAGGUCGCAAGAAGAAAGAAGCCGACACCGAUGGUGACGAGGUGGAUCCAGAUUCCGUUAGUGCUGAGGCAGUCAUUGAAGGAGAAAAAGACGAGCGUGCCAGUACGGCACUGAAAGGUGAAAGGAAACGUUUGGGUGAUACCUUUGAAGAUGCAAGGAAAUUCUUCACAAAACGUGGUGCCUGGGAGUUGCCGUCUUCCGCUGAUCCCGCCAAAUUCAAAGAUGUGGCGAAGAAGAUGUUGUCAAAGCUCUCGAUUCUUGAUCGCUAUUCUAUUUUCGCGAAACCAGUGGAUGAAGAGGAAGCUCCCGGAUACUACGAAGUGGUAAAGAAUCCAAUUGACAUCCUUGCAAUCGAGUCCAAAAUUGAAAACGGAUCAUAUGGCACUGGUUCAGAGGCGUGCAAAACUUUGUAUGAAGACUUUCUGCUAAUGUUUGACAACUGUGCACUGUACAAUGAUGACGACGGCGAGGUCAUUGAAGAGGCCACCCGUAUAUUUGGAUUGCUACCUGAGACGUACGCGUCAGUUUGCGAAAGUGUCUGUCGAAAGUACCCAAAAUAG